ACUACACAGAUCACUACUGUAACCGGCCGUGCGAAGAGAACGCGGCCCCAAAGAUCUGCAGGUACAACUUUCUGAUAGAACACUACAUCACCAUGUCCACGGCCUGCCACAAGUGCAGCACCGACCACCGGGACUGCUUCCUGCCCCAGUGUGUCCCGGGGGACGGCAGGAAGAGGGGAAUCCUUACCGUCAACCGCAUGCUGCCAGGACCUUCCAUAUCUGUAUGUGAGAACGACACCAUUGAGGUAGUCGUAGACAACCGUAUGGGCCUGGGAGAGGCCACGUCCAUUCAUUGGCACGGCUUGAACAUGAAGGGCACUCCGUACAUGGACGGUGUGGCAGGCGUCACACAGUGCCCUAUCAACACCUGGAACAAGAUGAAGUACAGCUACAAGGCCUUGGAUAAAGGCACACAUUUCUGGCAUGCGCACUCAGCCAUUCAGCGGGCGGAGGGACUGUUCGGGAGUCUCAUCAUCCGGCGACCGAAGUCACGUGACCCCCAUGGCCACAUGUACGACUUCGAUCUCCAAGAACAUCGAAUCUUCGUCACUGAUUGGGUCAGAGAAACAGCGGCACAGUUGCUAGACAACGACUUCCGGGCUGGGGUGAUCGCGCAGCCAAACAGUUUCUUGAUUAAUGGUAUGGGACAGGAGAAACAUGGGCCUGACAUGCCCAAACUUGUCUUUCAUGUGGAGGAAGGGAAAAGGUAUCGGUUCCGUAUAACUCUGAACGGUAUUCUCAGUUGUCCAGUCUACGUCAGUUUCGAUAGCCACCCUGUCUCCAUCAUCGCCAUGGACGGGGAAGAUAUCGAACCGAUAAAAGUGGAUCGAUUCAUGAUGGUAUCGGGUGAACGGUUGGACUUCAUUCUCACCGCCAGUCACAACAGCUCCUUUAAUACGGGCAAUUUCUGGAUUCGAUUCAAAGGAAAAGCUCGAUGUGCAAACGUUCAAACAUUUGCGGCUUCUGGUUCUUCCAUUGCCACAUUGAGUUCCACACGGAAGUGGGCAUGUCCAUGAUACUUCAAGAGGGCAAAGUUGAGGACCUCCCCCCUCCCCCCGACGAACUGCUGAGUUGCGGAGUGCAGUCCAGUGAACAAGUAAACAGCACAGACGACUUGGGAUCGAACAAAAACCCUGCGUCCAAUGCAGAGAACCCAACCGUGGACCCGUUCACGGUAGAUGAAACUGCAGUCUCCGGCGAGUCCAAGUCGACUCUGAAGGUCAUUCUUCCUAUAGGCAUGGCCUGUAUUGUAGUUUUAGGGAUCGUGGUUUACCAACUCGCAAACAGAUCCUGGUACGUUAAACACAACGCUGUCUACCAGCCGCUGCUACACGCUGACACUGGAUAUAUCGAGCUCUAAUCCGAGCAAAGGAAUCAACGGAGACCGAUGAUCGCCUGCCUUUGUCUGUCGCAGAUCGGCCACUUGAUGUUGAUGAUGAGUGGAAGGGGAACGACUCCUCGAGAUGAGGUUCUGAUGAUGGCUAAGCCAGAAAGGUGGAAGGGGGGAGGGGGUGGGCUUUUGUUGUUGUUGUUGUUUUUAAACCCCAACUGAAAGCAAGUAUUUUUAACGUACUCACUUCUUUAUUUAAGACAAUAAUUCACUUGUAAUGCCAUCUCUGGUAUUAUAAGCGUCAAUUGUCUUGUCAGCUCAAACGAUGAAGAAGUACCCAUGAGAAUGAGAAUGAUUUGACUUCACUUUGAGAAGUUCUGAAAAGGGAAUGAUUCUCCGAUUUCAGAAAAAAAAAACUUGAUUAAAUGUAAUUUACAGUUGCUCAAAGCAAUUUUCAAAAUUAAACAAUCACUAGUUAGGCUUGUGUUUCGUAAUAUUAAAGUUAAUGUUUCAGUACCAUAUUUUUGCGUUUUAAAGCACUUUACCGCACUCCACACUGCCCCUAACGGCUGCCUUGCAAGCUACAGUUGUUUUAACUGAGGCCACGGAAGAACUGUGUGACUUUAUGUCAUAAUUUUUAAAAAAAUAAUAAAAAGAAUAACAAAAAUGAAAAAA